AUGACACAAAAGUACAUACUCAAAAAUUUCCAGGCUACCACCCUCCGAGUCCGUCGCCAAUCCUGCGGCUGCGCCCAAUCCCUCCAACCAUCCUGCUCCUGCCAACAAUCCUCCCAACAGUACACGUGCUCCUGCCAACCCCAACAAUCUCAAUCCUGCGGUUGUGCCCAACCCCAAAACUACCAAUACCAAUCGUCUCAAUGCCAACCAGCCUGUCAGCAAUCCUGCACUCAGCAGUGCCAACAGAACACAAACACUCAGUGUCAGCCAACGUGUCAGCAAUCGUGUCAAAUGAAUUCGUGCGGAGGGAUGACUUCCACAAUGAUGCCAAGUUCUCAGUGUUAUUCAGAUUGUGAGAAUAGUUGCAUGCAACAGUGCAUCAGUCAAGGAUCGAACAGCCAGCAGUGCCAGCAACAAUGUGGGCAGCAAUGUCAGCAGCAGUGUGGAUCGAGUGGCUAUACUCAGGAUCCUUAUAAUCAACAGCAAUAUGGAGCGUAUCAGGGAUAUAAUGCUAAUCAGAAUGUUAACAAUCAGCAGGUCAUGAGAGAUCAGCAAUACAACAAUCAGAUGAACACCAACAACCAAAUGGGAUAUACCAAUCAGCCAGGAUACAGUAACCAGUACAAUGACCCAUACAACAACCAAAUGGGCAAUCAACAAGGAUACAACAACCAAUACAACCCCUACCAGUCCGGGUGUCAGCAUCAAUGCUCCAGCCAAUGUACAACUCAAAAUUCCAACUCCUGCCAGCAAUGUCAAUCCUCUUGCUCCUCCCAAUCAACUCAAGUAAUCACUAUCACGGUCCAAGCAUCUCCUCAAACCACCCAAUGUGUCCCACAGUGCCAACAACAAUGUCAGCAACAGUGUCAAACUCGUACCUCAAGUGUUCAACAAUGUGCUCCAGCGUGUCAAACGUCGUGUCAGAGCUCUUGUGCUCAACCACAACAAAUGGUUUGUCAGAUGAAGAAUAAUCAAUGCGGAUGCCAGCAGAACUAUUCACCUUGUGGUGGUGGACAGUGUUGUUUGAAGAAGUAG